AUGCCCAGACCGGCAGCGAAGCGCAAUCAUUUGGCGACGGUAGCUUCGAAACAGACCCAGAGUCAUGAUUCGUCGCGAGAUAUCGUUGGAUCUCGCGAUAUCUCACGGUCACCAAGAAGCGAUGCAGUGAGCAGUUCGCGACUCGCGAAUAGCGCUGACCCAUCCGAUAUUAUACGGCAAUUAAGGAAUCAAACGCCUCUCAGCAAAGCGCAUGGAUUUGCAUUAGGGUCGUCACCUGGAACCGAACAGGGAGCUACAGGCAGUCGACCACCUACGAGGGCCCGGGGCUACUCCUCGACCCUUUCCAUUGCUGGGCGCAAAGGAGAUACGAGCUCGAGGAUCCCGGGGACGCCUGCCUUUGAGAGUUCAAUAUUGAGCAACUUCAGACGACGACCUCGACAAGCGAGUAUUCUACAUAUGAUGCACGAUGAGGAUGGGUCAUCUGAUCUCGACGACGAUGACUUUCUCGGUGGCUUAAGUCCGGAGGAUGAAUCAACACCAUUGAAUAUUUCGCGAGGGAAGUCAUUGGUGCUUAGGCCUGCCGUGUCUUCCCCCGAAACGUCUCCAUCUUUACUUUCAAGUGGUAAAUCUUCGAAGCGCAAACGAUCAGUCGACGAAACUGAAGCCUCCAACUCGUUUCUCGAUCUUGAAAGAAGCACACCUGGGCCCCCAACAUCAGGAAUGGACCCAAGACAGAGAGAAUCCUCUGGUGAUCUGCAUCAUCCAACACAAUCUCCGGCUACUUUCAGCGAGACGAUAGUACCACCAAUGAGCAGUCCUGUUCCGGUUCUCACUCAUGAAAUGUCUACACCAGAUUCAGAUCGGCAGCUGUCUCGUGCAAACCAGGCCCAGAUCCCCAAGGGCGCACAGCCAAAUGAUAACAAGUUUCAUAUCCCAACAGCAGCACUUCAAGAUAAACUCUUGCCUCGAAGGCGCCAGAAGAGGGUAGCGCGCCUGGGGGCAUCCAGAUUUGACGUCCUCGGCGAGUCAGAUGGAGAUGAAGUCGCUACGCCUGCACCAGACGAUGACGAAUUGAGUUACUUACCCUUUCGUAAUCGGUCUCAUACGCGACGACAUCCAGCGAAUAAGCCGAAACUGGUCAAUAGUAAUCGAGGCAGGGCAGAUAUGAAACUUCACGGCAAAGAUGCCACAACCAUUAAACAAAACGGCAUUAGCUCUCGUAAAGAAACAAAUGGUGGCAAAGAGAACGAGUCUACCGACAUGUCCUCACCUUUGUCAUCAGCCCUUGAGUCCGACGAGCUCGACUCUGAAUUCGAUCUUGAACAGGAACCUCCGAUCAAGGCUUAUUUAAGUGAAGAGUUAAGAAUGCAGGCUCUGAAAUUCGCAGAGGUGGAUAAAUGGCAGAUGGAGUUUGAGGAUGUGAUCACCAACACUCAGGAGAGUGGGGCCUUUAGGUGA